GUUUUUUGUAUUGGAUUAACAGUUAAUUAAAUAAAUUGAUUAACAAAUGCCCGGAUAUAGUGUCGAUCGGUUCCCGGAGCUGUCGGCCGAAGACAGGGAGGACUACAGCUGUAGUAUAUGUCAGCAUAUAUUUGACACUCCGGUCACCACAACCUGUUGUCUGCAGGCUUUCUGUGAAGACUGUAUUAAUGAAUGGCUUAAUAACAACACUACCUGUCCUUACGAUCGCAAACCAUUAACACAAAGCCAAUUGUCUCAACCACCAAGAGCGAUGAGGAACACGUUGGGUCGUUUCAAAAUACGGUGCGACUACUGGGCCUACGGGUGCCGUGAAGUGGUCAAACUGGACGACUUGCCCAAACACACCGCCAACUGUCGGCAUAUGUGCGAUGUGUGUCCAAAGUGUCGCUGCGAGCGCACACCGGGACACGACUGUGUCGACGCCCUAUUGGCCCAAAACAACGAGUUGAAAAAACAGUUAGACAACGAACUCGUGAUUAACCGGGCGGCGCAAUACAUGGACAAUUGCACCCUGGGCGAUUCGUGCGGUGGCAGUUCGCAGCAAGUAGUGUGCGCGGAUGGCCACGUAGAGUUGACACCGGGCCACGAGUGUUUGACCGCGUUGCGAGCCAAAUGGCGCGAUGCCCAGGUAGAGAUCGACGCGCUAAAACACGAGUUACAAACGUCACGCAAAAGUGACCUGGUCAUUCCCAGCGAUAGUCAAUUACUGGCCGCGUGUAAACAACACCUGUUUACGGCCGCGCACGAGGUGACAUAUAACAAUAUGGACGCCGAUAUGACUGAUAAAACGUUGGCCAUAAUUCGGUCCGCUUUGACUAUACAACAUAAUUUUUACAGUGUGUGUAGUCAUGUGUGCACUCAGUUGGACCUGGAGUACGGCACCUAUUGGUACUGUGUACCAUAUUCGAUGAAUGAGACCAUUAUAUACACUACAGCCAAUAAAACUAGUAAUUUGAUUAUAGUUAAAUAUACACCAAUCACAUUUAUAGUAUAUCGCGUGGACACUUUAGAUGUGCCGAACCUGAGGGCCCGUAUCAAGCGCAACAAAAUUGCCCGCAACAUAGAUGUAAUAAACUCGGUUAAAAUGACCGAAAACAUGAUCGCAGCGGUCAAAAAGAUUACGUUCGCCGCCAUCGACCGGUUCGACACCAUUAAAGACAUCGCUAUAGACAUUACCGACAAAAUGAAGGCCAAAUAUCGCCAAAAUGUGUGGCAGUGUGUGGUUAGCGCGCGAGAUUGCGAAGAUGAUACUGCCAACUAUACGACAAAAUAUAUUGUUUACCUGGUGGAUCAACUUCACAUAUGCGACUAG